AUGUUCGACCCGGAGGGCGCCCCGCUGACCACCGAAGAGUCGGCCCGCCUGAAGCUGUCCCAGCCGGUGAUCAGACAUGAGAACACCCGCUUCAGGGCGAGGCCUUUCAGUGUUCUCCCGAGGCAAACUCCGGUGGCCGGCAAUCCAACGACGAACAAACAGAACCAGGCGCUCCUCAGCGGCAAGAUUGGCGUCGACGGAAAGGAGGCAAGUGCCGGCGGGGCGACGCCCGCCGUCAACGGCUUCAAGUACGUGGCCAGCACGCCGACGUUAACGCCGGGCAGCGGCAUUCCCGAGUCGCCGCUGAUGACGUGGGGCGAGAUUGAGAGUACACCGGUACAGCUUCGCGGCGAUGUGACGCCGCUUUCUACUACCACCAGGCCCGACCUGACGCCCAGCAGCAGCAGCACCCAGUUUCGCAUGCCCGAGCUGCCGUUGCGCGAGAAAGCAGGUCAGGAGCUGGCCAAUCGAAUACUGAUGACGAAGAAGAGGAGGAAGACGGCGGAUAAGGCAGCUGGGGAAGGCGGCAGCAACAACAGCAUCGGAGGUGGUGUUAUCAGCAAUGUAUUUGCUGGUGCUGCCACCGGUUUCGGCCAAACCAGUCUGGAGCGGCUGCACUCGAUGUCGCCGGCCGCCCAGCUGCUGGCCACCUCGAAGCUCGGCCUGGCGAAGCUCGCCGACCG